GAAGUAACAACGCUGAAAGCAAGCAUUUCUGCUUGAGGACGACGGUGGAAAACGAGGCUAAGAUGCUCGUGCAUGUUCUGUCGUUCGUAGCGGCCGCCUCCGCCGCGGCCUCCACCACAUCUGCAUCCUCCCACACGUUCGCCACGCUGGUAGAAUGCACCUCGGCCGGGGGAUGCUUAUGGCAGGGCAAGCAGAACGAAUUGGUGAAUGACCAACGGAUUCUACACGACAUGCUCGUUACUUACCAUCGAGGCGACAACUACGACGUUGCAAAGCGCAACUUGAAAGCACACAUCGAGUACAUCGAAGCGGUGUAUACACAUGCAAACGACAUGAACCACGACAUGACGAUCCAACUGGGUUUGAAUCCCCGCCAUUUGUACGAAGACACGGCUGGCUUGGGGGAUCCAUUGGACGCUGUCUUGGUCAACAUGCAGGGGAAGGUGAUCGAUCGCCGCCUGCAAGCGUCGACGACAACGACUUCCACGGCCAGCGGCGGCGGCACCCUUCCCGCGACCUUGAACUGGUGCACCGACAACAACCCCCAAAAACGUUCUGUGUGCUCGGAGGUCAAGAGCCAAAAGCUGUGCGGGUCCUGCUGGGCUUUCGCCGCCACGGACCUCAUCGAGACGGCGGUGUCAUACACGACCAAGAACCCUCCCGUGUCCCUGUCGUCCCAGCAGCUCUUGUCGUGCAGCACCACCGCCGAAGUCCGCACGUACACGUACUGCUUUGCCAGAAGCGGCAACAUCCCGACGUGGCUCGAACCCUCGAUGAAGUGGGACGCAACGAACAAAGGGUGUGCGGGCGGGAUGACCCAUAUUGCACUGAGCGAUGCCGCCAACAAGAUCAAGAACCUCGCGACGCGCAUCGACUGGCCGUACAACGACGCGUACACGGCGUCAUCCGUCGGCGCGCCCGUGCAGCCUACUUCCUCUUCUUUCUCUACCAAAUCAACCAACACUUCAAAUACCUCGAAUCCCCUCAACUCUUGCGACUCGACGCGGCCAGCCGCGAAUACGGCGGCGCACAUCUCGGGAUGGGCGCCGGCGGUAGACGGCAGUUCAUGCACCGACACCAAGGACCCGGUGGUCCUCCUCAAGCGGGCCCUGCAGCAAGGACCGGUGGGGGUGGCUUUGAAUGCCAAGGGUACAUUCAAGCAGUACAAGGCGGGCGUGUUUGUGUGUGGAGCCAUCACAAGUUCCGAUCAGAUCGACCACGCGAUUCUGCUGGUGGGGUACGGCACGGCGGCCGACGGCAGCGGGUACUGGAUUCUCAAAAACUCGUACGAUGUCGACUGGGGCCUCUCGGGGUAUAUGUGGCUCAAGAUGGACGACGGACUCAACUGCGGCCUUAAUGUGUUUCCCAUCCGCGUCCAAGGCGCAUCCGCCGGCCCCGCGGCAAAUGUGACGGUGGACGGCGGCGGCUCCCUCACGUUUGCCGGCGCCAGCAUGACGACGUGGGUGGUCGUGGGGGUCGCCACGGGCAUCGCGACCCUCGUCCUCACGAUCGUCGGCGUGUGCGUCGCGCGCAGUCGCAUGCAAAGUAUGCACUUGUAGAAAGAUGGAUUUUGGGUUUUGAAAAAAUGUGCGACCACCAUUCAUAUUUGCCCCGUG